AUUCACCAGCUUACAUCACCUCUAAAAAGCCUUUAUUACACUUUAUAUAAAUUACAAAAUGUCAUAACGUUUAGAUGAAGCUGUAUUUUAUGAGUUAUAAACGUUGUCUUCUUCUUCGCGUGCUGAUUAAAGGUUGCUUUUAAACGGGAGAGCUCUACAAAGCUGUUGAGUUUUUUCACAAUGCGGCGACUUUUAAUGAGAAUGAUGAACAGAGUUUUGCUGAGUGAACCUUUCAAACCUGCGAUGGGAGCUGAAGCUGAAAUACACACACAAGGCCGCAGGAAAAUGGUGGUGGGGCUGGGGAACACGGGGAUGGAGGGUACCAGACACAGCGUCGGCAUGGCGGUGCUCGGCGCGCUCGCCGCCCGGCUCGGUGUGGAGGACCGUUGGCGCGGCGACAGGCACGUGUCCGGUGAGGUCGUCGUGUCAGAGGUGGAGGAGACGCGCGUGGUGCUGCUCCGUCCCAAGCUGCUCAUGAACAUCAACGGGGUCGCAGUGGCCAAAGCAGCGGGUAAAUACGGCGUCCAGCCUGAAGACGUGCUGCUGGUCCACGAUGAGCUGGACAAACCUCUCGGGAAGGUGGUCAUCAAACACGGAGGAAGUGCCAGAGGUCAUAAUGGAGUCCGCUCCUGUGUGGACUGUCUGCAGACUGACGUGAUGCUGCGGCUUCGGGUCGGGAUCGGUCGUCCGUCGGGGAAGACGUCGGUGGAGCGUCACGUCCUGAGCCGCUUCUCCUCCGAGGAACAGAAAGUUUUAGACUCUGUUCUCACUCAGAGCGUCGACCUCAUCCUCUCACAGCUCUCCCCUAAAGACUCCCAACAGUCCCCCUCCUCCUCUUCCUCCUCUUCCUCCUCUCCAUCCUCCUCCUCUUCCUCCUCCUCACCAGCAGGGGGCAGACAAGCAGCACAGAAGAGGAAAGAGAGGGAGCGCUCGGCUUCUCCGGCUCAGGACUCCUCUGCUGCUCAGAGCUGAAACUGAACUAUCAGAGAGAGAGAG